AUGGAGAUGUUAGCCAAGGAAGCUAUUACAUCCUCUUCACAGGGAGAACCGGAGCCGCUGCUCGACGAUGACUACCCGGAAGGAGGACUUAAGUCAUGGCUGGUCGUGCUAGGGGCAUGGUGUGCCAUGGUGCCCUCCAUGGGUUUAUUGAACAGUCUGGGGACAUUGCACGCGUGGACGAGCUCUCACCAGCUGAAGAGUUACUCGGAUUCCAGUAUCGGCUGGAUAUACGGAGCGUACGGGUUUUUUCUCUACAUUGCAGGGGCUCAGACCGGCCCCAUAUUCGAUGCGUAUGGGCCGACCCUUCUGAUUGUUCCCGGGUCCAUUGGCAUGGUUGCGUCGCUUGUAUGCUUCAGUUUCAGUAAAGAAUACUACCAAGUCUUCCUGUCGUUCAGUGUUCUGGGAGGAUUAUCGGCAUGCACUCUCUUCACACCAGCUGUUUCCGCCGUCGGCCACUGGUUCAAUAUCCGCCGGGGUCUUGCAACAGGCAUUGCUUGCACCGCUGGCGGCCUGGGAGGCGUUAUAUUCCCGGUGAUCGUCAUGUUUGCAGCCCCAAAGAUCGGCUUUGGAUGGUCCAUUCGCAUCAUUGCGCUCCUAUCCGCAUGCCUCCUGACAGCCGCCUGUUUUCUCCUGCGGACGAGGUUACCACGUAACAAGAAGGCCGGUGCAGCCAUAGACUUGAAAGCCCUAACCGAUAUCCAUUAUGCCCUGACGACUGCUGCCGUAUUCCUCGUGGAAUUCGCCGUCUUCAUCCCGAUCACGUAUAUCUCGUCGUAUGCGCUAGAUACCGGCAUGAACAAGACCCUCGCAUACGCGAUCAUCCCGUUGCUGAAUCUGGGCGCGAUCCCCGGUCGCUUUCUCCCGGGGCUGGUCGCUGAUCGCGUAGGCCGAUUCAACGUGAUGAUCCUCACAUCGCUCAUAUGCUCCAUCCUCACGCUGGCGCUGUGGCUGAAGGCGGGAACGAACGUAUCGGCGAUCAUCUGCUAUGCCGUAUUCUUUGGCUUCUGGAGCGGUGCCGCUAUCAGCUUGACCCCCGUUUGCAUCUCGCAGGUCUGCGCGACUGAGGAUUACGGCAAGAGGAGCGGGACAACAUUCAUGAUCUCCAGCAUCGGGACACUCACCGGGAUUCCAAUUGCAGGAGCUAUCCAGCAGCGCGAUCAUGGGGGUUAUUCCGGGAUCAUCAUCUUCGGGGGGGUAUUGUAUCUUGCGGCCACAGCUGCCUUUAUUAUUGCCAGGGGGGUUUGCCGAGGGUGGAGUUGGGGAGUUGUUUUCUAGAUAGAGGGUUUAUAGACGGCCGGAAUACUCAUGCAUAGAUCUGGCAUCUUCCGUUGGACGAUUCGUGCGGCUUCUUCAGCGAAGGGGGGCUGACAUAGGGGUUUCCUGAGGCGAGACCCUGCAUAGUACAUACAUACAUGCAUCGCAUUACACCAAGGAACAACCCAAUCAGGAAAACGGUCUCAGCUGCUUCAACCUUUCAACAGACGGAGGCGACUAACUUCCGUGCCUCGGUGCAGAGCACCCUAACCGGGUUACUGACAAGCCGUCUGUGCUCGCC